AGCUCUAAAACCCUCCUCAGCUCCUCUCUCUCUCUCUCUCUCUCUCCCAGCAUUCUUCAUUGAUACGACAUGGCGUUCCUCUACAUGGAAGCUGUUGUUUGUUUCAUGAUAUUAAUGUACUUCUUUGAAACUUAUCUGGAUCUGCGACAACAUGCUGCUCUCAAACUGCCAACUCUUCCAAAAACAUUGGAAGGUGUAAUCAGCCAAGAGAAAUUUGAAAAGUCUCGAGCCUAUAGUCUUGAUAAGAGCCACUUCCAUUUUGUUCAUGAGUUUGUGACAAUCUUGAUGGACUCUGCAAUUUUGUUCUUCGGCAUAUUGCCUUGGUUUUGGAAGAAAUCAGGAAAUUUCUUGCCUUUAGUUGGUCUAAAUGCAGAGAAUGAAAUACUGCACACCCUUGCAUUUUUAGCUGGUGUUAUGAUAUGGUCACAGAUCACUGACUUACCCUUUUCUCUCUAUUCAACUUUUGUGAUUGAGGCCCGACAUGGUUUCAACAAACAAACAAUAUGGUUGUUCUUUAGGGACCUUAUCAAAGGAAUGUGUCUUGCUAUUGUACUUGGUCCACCCAUUGUUUCUGCUAUUAUUGUGAUAGUACAGAAAGGAGGUCCAUAUCUGGCUAUCUAUCUUUGGGCAUUUAUGUUUGUCCUUUCUCUAGUGAUGAUGACACUUUACCCUGUUCUAAUAGCCCCACUCUUUAACAAGUUUACCCCUCUUCCAGAUGGAGAGCUCAGGCUUAAGAUUGAGAAACUUGCUUCCUCCCUUCAUUUUCCGUUAAAGAAGUUAUUUGUUGUUGAUGGAUCCACAAGAUCAAGCCAUAGCAAUGCGUAUAUGUAUGGGUUCUAUAAGAACAAGCGCAUUGUCCUUUAUGACACUUUGAUUCAGCAGUGCAAAAAUGACGAGGAAAUUGUAGCUGUUAUUGCUCAUGAACUGGGGCAUUGGAAGCUUAAUCAUACCAUGUACUCGUUUAUUGCUGUGCAGAUUCUUACAUUUUUGCAAUUCGGAGGUUAUACUCUGGUCAGGAACUCAACUGAUCUUUUCCGAAGUUUUGGGUUUGACACACAGCCAGUACUAAUCGGCCUUAUCAUAUUUCAGCAUACUGUAAUACCAAUCCAACACCUUGUAAGCUUUGGUCUCAAUCUUGUAAGCCGGUCCUUUGAAUUUCAGGCUGAUGCGUUUGCUAAGAAGCUUGGCUAUGGAUCUGCAUUGCGUGCUGGUCUUGUGAAGCUGCAGGAAGAAAAUUUGUCAGCUAUGAAUACAGAUCCAUGGUACUCUGCGUAUCACUACUCUCAUCCUCCCCUGGUAGAAAGAUUGGCUGCAAUUGAUGAACCUGACAAAAAGGAAGACUGAUAUGGAGGAAAAUAUCCAGACUGGCUUUGGGAUUAUUUCAUUUAAUUGUAAUACUUCUUGAUCUGUAUGAGUUGCAUCAUCUUAAGUUUAACUAGUCCAGGCAAGCACACUUAUUAGUCAGAACCUAGUUUACAGGAACUAAACAAAAAGAAGCAAGAGAAAGGGAUUGGGAAAAACAUGGAAUGCAACAAAGCUUUGAUUAGUAUGUCCUGUCCUGUUCUAUAUCGUCGUCUACGGUCUUUGAAUUUUGCCUCAUCUACGGGUCUUGUUAUAAUAAUUAAAGCUUAAUUGAUGG